AUGCACGACUCCCACUACAAACGUUUCAACGUUUCGCGUGGGUUUUCGUACAGUUACUACACUGUCCCACCGGCUGAAGGGAAGCCUACGUUGAUCUUUCUUCACGGGUUCCCCAGCACCUCGGAGGACUGGCUUCGCCAGGUCGCGUAUUUCAAGCCUAAAGGUUACGGGCUCAUCAUCCCUGAUAUGUUGGGAUUCGGCCGUAGCGACAAGCCACUCAAUGUAGAGUCCUACGCGGGAAGCUUGCUCGCCAAGGAUGUGGUCGAGAUUAUCGAGGCGGAGAGUGCCACAGACGUAGCCGUCAUUGGGCAUGAUUGGGGCUCUUUGGUGACGAGCAGCCUUGCUAAUCGUUACCAAGAUCGAUUCACUGGAUUUGCGUUCAUGACUGUCGGUUAUAAUAACCCAAACGGGACCCUCUUUGAUGCGGAAUUGACGAGGGACGCUACCAAGGAGCAAUUGGGCUAUGAAAUUAAUGGAUAUUGGUGGUUCUUCUCUUCCCCGGAAUCACCGGCCAUCAUCAGAGACAAUAUCGACGCUUUCUAUGACGUGGUCUGGGCGAAAAACCCAUAUCCCGCGUGGAGAUAUCACAUCGCCCCCACCGGCGCCCUGCAGUCGUUCCUUGAAUCUGGCAAGAGGCUACCUAGGUCGAAGUCGCAGUCCAAAGAGGAAUACCGUCGUUCGCAAGAACGCUUCUUGAAGUCGGGAUACGAGGCACCCACAAUGGCUUACAGAUACCUGAUGUCGAAGCUUGCAGGCGAGGACGUAAAGAGUGCACCCGAAGAUCAAUGGGUCGUCCAAAAACCAGUUCUCUUCCUUGGAGCAGGCCAGGACGCUAUUGCCAUCCCCGAAUUCCAUCAACCUACUCCGGAUGUUAUGCCCAAUGCGACCUCGAAGAUUCUCGAUUCCGGCCACUGGAUCAUGUUCGAUGCUGAGAAGGAGGUCAAUAAGGAGCUGGAAGCAUGGAUAAAGGGCCUGUAA